AUGGCAGGAAGAUUGACACCAAGAAGUGUCGAAGAACAUUCUGACGGUGGAAUGACUGAUGAAAGUCUUGAUAUUUAUGAUGAUGGCUCUAAAAGACAUGGCAUUGGCCAUAGAACAAUCAAGGGUCCACCAUUAGAAGUUCUCGUUAAUAUAUGUCCACAACCACCUUACAUUAAAGAUAUGCAGGACGUGCGAAUUAAUAAUUGUAUUUUUAUGAUCAGACCAUUUAAAUAUAAUCCUACUAAUCGUAGUCGCGAACCUGUCCCGAUCAAUGAUAAUACGCGUUAUGUUGACACAUGGGAUGAUCAUCAUGUUCGUAUGCCAUGCUCACUAUCAUAUAUAUCGAAAAGAAAUGGACAAGUACGAUGGCCUAUCAUUUGUAAUUUAUUAUCUAAUCUGAAACGAAAAUGUGAUAAUCAUACAGCAACUGUAGAAGAUUUAAAAAGAACAAUUGAAAAUUGUGUCGAACGUCAUUAUAAUAUGGAUUGCCUUGAGCAUCUCAUCAAUGAAAUUUAUUCUAAUGAACAACGUUCAUAUUUCAUGUCUAAUGUUCUUUCAAGCAUUUGUACACUUGCAUUAAAUGUCGAUAUUCUCUGCAGUCAGUCGCCGCCUCUAUUACGUAUCGGAUCGAAUCGAUCAGUGACAAUGUCACAACGGCAAGCUGCUUCAUUGCUAGCUUGUGCAUUUUUUUGUUUAUUUCCAUAUCGUACGGGUUCAAAAGUCAAGAAAGAAUAUGAAAAUUUUCAAAAUCCAAAUUUUAAUACAUUAUAUCAACGUGGACCAUUAGAAAAAAUUGAAAAACUCAAAUGUAUUUUACAUUAUUUCGAACGUAUCACUAGACAAAUGCCUAAUGGUGUAAUUACUUUUCGACGUUAUGCAUUACCUGAUCAAGCUUCACCAAAAUGGGGGAAAUCAACGAAAGGUCUCACUGCUAUGCAUCUAACUACGGCGAGAAAGAUCGAAGAUAUUGAGUGUGUUUUACAAGUUGAUUUUGCGAAUAAAUAUAUAGGCGGUGGUGUAUUGACUUCUGGUUGUGUACAAGAAGAAAUCCGUUUUGUUAUUUGCCCUGAAAUGCUUGUUAGUUUACUUGUUUGUGAAGUACUCGCACCCAAUGAAUGUAUCUAUUUGAUUGGCUGUGAACGUUAUUCAUCGUACAGAGGUUAUGCAAAUACAUUUAAAUAUGCUGGAGAUUAUCUCGAUGACAAAGCUAAGGAUAACUGGGGUAGAAAAUGGUCUCAUCUAGUUGCUAUUGAUGCUACAUAUUUUCGUGAGCGGGAAACACAAUACAAUAUGAAAUCUAUUAAACGUGAAUUAAUCAAAGCCCUGGCAGGUUUUCAUGCGCAUGGACGAACAGCGAGUGGCGCUUUUCCAGUUGCAACCGGCAAUUGGGGUUGUGGUGCAUUCAAUGGAGAUCGACAAUUAAAAGCCAUUAUUCAAUUGGCAGCGGCUUCAGAAGCUGUCCGUCCUCUCAUAUAUGCAACCUAUGGCGAUAAGAAUUUAAUUGAAUCGUUCUAUCCAGUUUACGAUUAUUUAAUUGGUCAACGUGCUCAAGUUCAACAUUUAUAUCGGUAUCUUGAUCAAUAUUGUAAUGGGCGGUUACGAUGUUCAAUUUUCGAUUUUAUUCUACGGACACCAGUAUCAUCUCUUGGCUCUUAA